UUAGAUAGAAGGUGGGACGUGACUACUCUGUUGGGGACAGAUUCCUCUUCUCCCUCUUCAAGCCCGUAGUUCUGCCGGGACUUUUGUUGGUUGACCUGCACUGAUGAGAGGACUCCGUCCCAGAGAGGGAGUGGGCAGACACCGAAGCGAUCCCAAAAGCACUCACGCAACUUUUGUGGCAGCCCCUGACUGUUCUCAGCCUGCUUUUUGGUCCUCUAUUUUGCCCUACUCUGGCAAUAGUGAAACUAAACUAUCAUUUAAUCCUCAAUUUCAGCACCGUGGGCAGCUGCUCAGUUCCUCUUUAAUAGCCCCAAACCUGCCUGUCUCCAUAGGUUUGGUAGACCUCAUUGACUUCAUCAGUGAUGCAGCAGGGACAGUGAAAACAGGCAAUCCUUUAAACAGCGGUCUGUUUUUCCAAGAAGAUCUGCAGUUUUGAUACAAUAUAAAUAAAUAAAAUGAGUGUUUCUGCAAAGACUUGUAGAGAAACAUCGGUUCAUAGAUUUUUUUCAAAGAUUAAAGACAAUUUUUUAAUGGCUUGACAAGAUUAGCUCCACUUGAGUAACAAAAUUGGACUAUGGUAACAGAUAAGAAGAACUUUAAGCAGGAGGUGAUUUUUCAGCAAGAUGUUGCUCUCCAUAGGGAUGCUCAUGCUGUCAGCCACUCAAGUCUAUACCAUAUUGACUGUUCAGCUCUUUGCAUUCUUAAACCUGCUACCUGUAGAAGCGGACAUUUUAGCAUAUAGUCAUGAAAAUGUAACUCAGACAUUUGAUGACCUUCCAGCAAGAUUUGGUUAUAGACUUCCAGCUGAAGGUUUAAAGGGUUUUUUGAUUAACUCAAAACCAGAGAAUGCCUGUGAACCCAUCGUGCCUCCACCACUAAAAGACAAUUCAUCUGGCACUUUCAUCGUAUUAAUUAGAAGACUUGAUUGUAAUUUUGAUAUAAAGGUUUUAAAUGCACAGAGAGCAGGAUACAAAGCGGCCAUAGUUCACAAUGUUGAUUCUGAUGACCUCAUAAGCAUGGGAUCCAACGACAUUGACGUGCUAAAGAAAAUUGAUAUUCCAUCUGUUUUUAUUGGUGAAUCAUCAGCUAAUUCCCUGAAAAAUGACUUCACGUAUGAUAAAGGGGCCCACAUUAUCUUAGUUCCUGAAUUUAGUCUUCCUCUGGAAUACUACCUAAUCCCCUUCCUUAUCAUAGUGGGCAUCUGCCUCAUCUUGAUAGUCAUUUUCAUGAUCACAAAAUUUGUCCAGGACAGACAUAGAGCUAGAAGAAACAGACUCCGUAAAGAUCAGCUUAAGAAACUUCCUAUACAUAAGUUCAAAAAAGGAGAUGAGUAUGAUGUAUGCGCCAUUUGUUUGGAUGAGUAUGAAGAUGGAGACAAGCUCAGAAUCCUUCCCUGUUCCCAUGCUUAUCAUUGCAAGUGUGUAGAUCCUUGGCUAACUAAAACCAAAAAAACCUGUCCAGUCUGCAAGCAAAAAGUUGUUCCUUCUCAAGGCGAUUCAGACUCUGACACAGAUAGUAGUCAAGAAGAAAAUGAAGUGUCAGAACACACCCCUUUACUUAGACCUUUGGCUUCUGUUAGCACCCAGUCAUUUGGGGCUUUGGCGGAAUCUCGAUCACAGCAGAACAUGACAGAAUCUUCAGACUAUGAGGAAGAUGACAAUGAAGAUAGCGACAGUAGUGAUGCAGAAAACGAAAUUAAUGAACAUAGUAUUGUGGUCCAAAUGCAGCCUAAUGGUCAACGGGAUUACAACAUCGCAAAUACUGUUUGACCUUCAGGGUGAUUUGGUUUUCUUUAAAAUAUUUUAUUUAGGUAUAUAAUGGUUUGAUUUUUUGCUCCCUUCAGAGAUUUCUGUAGAAAUAACUUUUUCUUUCAGUAUUCUAAAGUUUAAUCAAUUACUAAAACAGGUUUUGCUUUUUUUUUUUUUUUGCUCUGGUAUAUAUCUGCAGGAGCGUACUUCAUUUCACUAAUAAUAUACUGGUGCUGUAACACAAGCAUCAAACCAACUCUUCUGGAAUGAAAUAUAGCCAAAACAUUAAAAAAGUAUUCCUCAGCAUAGCUUGCAGCUAAGACCUAGAUCACAGUAUGCAAAUGUUUCCUGUUUCACACAUAAGGUCAAGUCCUGUGGCCACCUAGCAUGAUCUAAGCCAACUCCCAUCUCCAUAAAGUUACUCAGUAGUAGGUGAGAUGGAAUGUUUGUUCUGGUUUUUCUCCAACUUGCUGUCAUUAGUGAGAGUAACAAGAUUAAGUUAGCAUUUUUUCUCCUAUCAGCACCACAAAGAAACCUUUUCCUUUUAUCCCAAGCCUUACCCUGAUAGAACAGUCUGUAUUGAUAUAGAUUUCAAGUUUUUUUUUUUAAGGUUAAUAGUGUUAUACAUAAAUUUAAUUCAUUAGCUAAAGUAAUGUCUCUGGACUUUACUUACUGAAUUUCAGUAUCCUUUAAAGGUUUUGUGUUGUGAUCAAAGCAAAAAGAAAAUGCUGUAUAAAAAUACCAAACUUCAGCAACAGUUAAUACUCAGAUCAUAUACCUCUUACUAAAGAUCAUCUUGUGCUAAUUAACCCUGCUAAACUAUGUACAGAGGAAAUUGUUCAAGUACUGGAUUUGAAAAUAAGUGCUUACAUUUAACAGAACUUAUGUAUUUAAACAAUGUAUUAUGAAAAACUAUAUUAUGUCAUUGUAACUGUAGAAAACAUAGACUUAUGUAUAAUCAAAAUGCUAAGAAUUUUUAUAUGUCCUGUAUGAAGGGAGUCUGAAUGUCAAUAAACACAUUUUCCACUUUAGAACUAGCAAAUAUUUGCUUCACUGUACUAUUACCUAUAUUUGCUUUAUAUAUAUGCACUGUAUUAAAAGGUAUGAUUGAAUGUAACCAUAGAAUUUUAUACAAGGUUAAUUUACAGCUCACAGUUAUUUAGGUAAUCCUCUGAAAAGUUAAGGCUACAGCCAAAAUCAUUCCAGUAAUACUGUUCAUCAUAGUACCCUGUUAUAAUUAUGGUAAAUUCUUACACUGGACUGCUGUGCAGCCUUGAAAGGCUAAAUACCUAGAUAAAUCGGCAUUGAUAUAAGUUUUAAGUGAGCAAAAGUAUAUUGGGGCAUAACAAGCACACGAGAUAUAUGAGCCUUUGUUGCCCCCCCCCCAAAAAAAAAAAUCAAUCCCCAAAUAGGUAUAUCCAAAAUAAAAGGUUGACUUAUGGAUUAUCUGAUACUCUCAUUUUCUUCCCUUGAUUCUUUAAAAAUAAAAUACAAGCCUAAGAAACAGAGCAUCACUUUACUAUGGUAGCCCAACAAAGCUUUGUAAUCUGACUUAUUUGUAAUGAGCCUAACCUUUUAAAACCUAAUAGUCAUUUGUAUAGUUUCAUAAAACCUAAAGUAAAGUGUAAGGACAAAACAUCUGAGUUCAGUGCCUGGCAUACACAUGUA